AAAAAUAAAGAAAACUCAUAAUUGUAAUUUUGUUUCAACUAAAAUAUAUUCCUUCAACUAAUGCAGGUCCAAAUCCGUCGUCUCCCCAAACCAGUGAUAGCUAUGGUUGCAGGAUAUGCAGUUGGAGGUGGACAUGUACUUCACAUGGUCUGUGAUCUAACAAUUGCAGCAGAUAAUGCAGUUUUUGGCCAAACAGGGCCUAAGGUUGGAAGCGUUGACGCUGGUUAUGGAGCUUCCGUAAUGGAUCGUCUGGUUGGUCCGAAACGAGCUCGUGAGAUGUGGUUUAUGGCAAAGUUUUAUAAUGCUGUUGAAGCAGAUAAAAUGGGGCUAGUCAACACCGUUGUCCCUCUGGAGAAGUUGGAGGAGGAGACGGUUAAGUGGUGUCGAGAGAUCCUAAGGAACAGUCCUAUGGCGAUCCGUGUUGCCAAAUCUGCUCUCAAUGCCGUUGAUGAUGGCCAUUCUGGACUUCAGCAAAUGGGAGGAGAUGCGACCCUUCUGUUCUAUGGAACGGAGGAAGGCACGGAGGGGAAGAACGCCUACUUGCAGCGCAGGAAACCUGAUUUCUCGAGAUUUCCCCGUCUGCCUUGAGUUUGCUUUCCGUCUCUGGAGCUUAUGUUGAUCAAUGAUCACUAUGUACUAAAUAAUGUGUGUUUCGGAAUAAUAAUUUUGCAAGUGAGAGGGGCAAAUAUGUGUUUUGCUUUGGUGUUUGUUUUAGUGGAAUAAGUAGUUUCUCUCGUUGUAUGAUGCGCUUCUUAUUUUAUCUUUAGUGGAGAGACGUUGUAUCUGCUUGUGCUCAUGUUACAUGGAUUUCAAAGAAAUUUUUCAGUUGAAAAGUUAUGUACCUUAAACAUAAUUUUGUCUUAUUAUGUGAUAUAUUACGUUGAAUUA